ACAAGUAAGAUCUAUUCAAUCUCCUCAUUAUAUUGUUAUUAACAUGAGCUCUGACAAUAGAGAUGGUGAUCAUUUCGACCGUUCGUUCUGGCAAAACACAACUUCUUAUGAUGGCAGUAGCAAGAUCUUACUCUCCACCAUCGUUUCUUUCUCUACAAUUAUCCUCAUGGUCUUCGUUUAUCAUCUAUACACAAGAUUCAUUCUCCACCGCCGUAGACCUACCUUCCAAGGCCUCUCCUUCACCGUCGUGUCUCAACCACCCAAACGUGGUCUCGACAAACUCGUCAUUGCUUCUCUCCCUGCAUUCGUGGUCAGAGUCAACAGUCAUGACGUCUCGCCCACGGAGUGUGCGGUGUGUCUAAGUUUGUUGGAAGAGAAAGAUAUGGCGAGGAUGUUACCGAACUGCAAGCAUGUGUUCCACGUAACAUGUGUUGACACGUGGCUCGCCACAUGUUCCACUUGUCCCAUUUGUCGAACUGAAGUCGAGCCGAGUCAAAGGCUUGUGCCUGAGCCAAGAGAAGGGCCUGUUGGAGACGGUGCAUCUUCGUCCGAUAACAAAACUGGAGGGUCAUCGUUUACGUUUACCAAGAUCGUGGUAAACAGAAACGAUCAUUCUCACGUUGACCAAGAUCGUGGGUUGGACAUAGAAAGACAAUGACUAAAUUAGAUACACAUACCACGAUAGUUAAUCUUUAAUUCAUGUAAAAUAGUAAUCUUGUUACUUCAUAAUUUUCUUAUCAAAUAUUUUGUAAUGUGUAAAUAAUUUUGUAUAUUACUAUUGUAUGAAAUACACAUUAUAGGACAAAUCCAUUGUUGAUUAACGUACGAAAAAAGAAGAAGAAAAUGUGUUGAGCUUGU